AGUUAGAUACAAGUGGAACUAGCCUCACCCGCCGGAGAACAAGGAGUUCCUUUGUAGGACAUGGUCAAGACUCCCCGCAAGAACAUAAAAUAAAGGACGAUUCAGGCUCUGAAACUAAAGCCUCAAUCGUUCAGCAAAUGGGACUUGCCUGUGGGAUUCAGCCAGUGAGACUUGGUAACAUUAUGGUCCCCAAACGAAAGCGUGGAAGGCCUAGAAAGAUAAGACGGGGAGAUCAGGAAGUCCCCCAACCAGCCUGUCCUGGUCCUAUUAUCAAUGGUCACAAACGAGAAGAUGUUGAGCAUAGAGGAACAAGAAACCAAUCGGUGAAGAGGCGGGUCAGACCGAACAGAAAGUAUUGGAAUGGAAAGAGAAGUGUGGAAGUGGAGGAAGACAAUGUGAGUUCAGCAGGGGACAGAACAGAAGAGAUCCUGUCCUCUCCUGCCGGUUGUGGCCAGAUCACAAGCCUGCUGAAGCCUGCUAGUAAAGCAGUAGAUGUGACGGAGGGUUUCAGAACUGAACCAAGAUCAGAAUCCCAAUCCUGUAUGGUGCACCUGCAGAUCUCCAGUCCAGAACUUGGUGGACCUCAAAUCGAAAAAAAGAAAGCGGGUCGGAGUCCGGUGGAAGUGGGGGUGACGGCAGAGGACAAGAUGACCGCAAUCAGACGGCCUCCCACAGUGAUUCUGAAAAAGUUCCAAGAACUCCUGAAGCACCGGCACCCAAAGACCAGGAAGACAGAUGAAGUGAAGAAGAAACAAGGGAGCAAAUCCGAUAACGAUGUUGGAACUAUAGAAGAAGAAUUAGUGAAACUAAGUGAAAAGUGCAACGGGAAGGAAUCAACAGAGGGGAUCUUCCUGUCUCUUGAUGGCUCACAUAUGGCAAAUGUAAAUACAACUGAUGAAAAUCAUAAUGAGAUCAUCCGACCAGCGAAAUCAAGCAAGCAAUCAGAAGACAAGACUUUGGCAACAUCAGAGAAAAAAAAGAGGUUGCAUGAAGAAAGAGAGGCUAUGACUGGCAUGCUGGAGAACCUUAAAGGAAUGAUGGCGUUGCCACUGGAGAUGAACACAGCAACAGUAGAAAUAACCAUCAUGGAGGAUCCCAAACUAGUUCCAAAGAAACAAAACAAGGAAUAUGGUGAGAACACUAACCCCAAAAGUAAAACAAGACAGUUGCCAACCUUAAGUGAGAUUACCAAAAUGACAAAGAGAGGAGAGCGAGAGAUGGGUUUCAGAGGAGAGAGAGAAAAAAACUCAAAGGAAAAAAGAAGACUCGAAGACAGAUGUGUGAUUGAAAAAGAGAUGAAAGGCAGUAUGGAUGUGGACAUUUCCAGUGAAGAGUUGGAUGUGGUGGGCGACAUUCAAGGGAGGCAUAUCUAUACCGCUAUCGAAGACGUGAGCGGAAAAGAAGAGAUGGAUGUGGGCGUAGAUGAGGUCAGUUUGGAAAAGGAGCAUCCGUCAGCUCAGCCUAAUGCAGAAGCUUGUGUAGCUUCAGAGAGCACCAGACAGGAGGAUACUGAAGGCUUUAAGGCCACUAUGGGAUGUCUCACCCCCAAUCCCAUCUUCCUGUCUCAGAAAAACAAAAUGACUCUGCCCGACCACCAGACCCAAAGUAAAGAGAACCCAUCUUCCAAGAACUCUUGCAGGGUCACCCCAGGGUCAACAGGAAGCUCUGAUCCGGAGGAGGAAGUGGAGGUUGACAUUCUGGUUUGCUCUCCGUGCGCACAGCCAAUAGUGUGGGAGGAGGGUCUUACAGUUCCGGAAUUUACCACUGAGGAGGAGAUGGAAGAGGAGGAAAACGAGAUUGAUGUGACUGGGUAUCAGACAGACUAACUUUCUUUAAAAAAAAAUUCCUUUGUUAACUUUACCAAAACAAAUGGUAUCCCUAGUUUUACCAGUCUCAUACAACUGGUGGGUGAAAUUUCGAUUUUAGCCUUUGCCAUUCAAAUCCUGCACAAAUCUACACUCGCACUAUGAAGGUGUAAAAAUAUAACUUUUGUGAGGCCUCGCUAGCUUUUAGAAUUAUUGACCCAUGAUGUGGUGAGUUUUGCUUUAAGCUUUGCAAAAUAUAAAGUGAAAGAAUUAAGUUAAUUAUGCUCCUUUGGUUUGUAUGUGCAUCAUUCAAAAUGUCUUUGUGAAUGACCUGUUACCAACCACCUUUCUGUUACAUAUUCGGUCAUUACAUGGUUGAUCCAACACUGGGUUCACUAAUGUUUUUACCGAUACUAUCCAUAGCUGUUUUUGUUUUGCGUUCUACAAGUUCUUUAUAAUGUACUACUUCUAAAGGUGUUGUGUAUGGUUUAAUGGUAUGCUUGCCCGUGCAGACUAAAAUAUAAAUAUUUUGUUUCAUUAAAGUAACUAUU